CAGUGAACUAGAGAGGAAGUCAUACGGGUGGAAGAUGCGUAUGAAGUAUGGGAAGCUGUUCAUCGUUUUUAUGAUUUGCUUCAAUUUGGUGGUGUUUUAUUAUUCGUGGAAGUACUUUUUGACGAGUACAAAUUUUCUAAUGGAAACAUUUGGCAGUCGAACACAAAGCGAUUCAAACGAGCGUUACAAUUUGGGAGGUCAUGACAGUGCAAUGCAGUUGGACAUGGUUCAGAUAACUGCGAACCGGGACCGAUCCAAACCAACGAGAAUCACCAAAUUUAGCCGGAUCCGUGACCGGAUUCAAAAUACCAACAAAUUCCUGAAGAAAAGUAUCACCGUGAUCUUCCGUGAUUUUUACGAUUUUGACAACGAUCUCAUGCAAUCGAUAGCCAGCGUUACAAACCUUAUCCCAAACGUACAAGUGUUCGUGAUAUCCCCAGAAAUUCCCUACCCUCCUCUAGACAUUUUCACCAACCCAGGCCAAACGGCGAACCAAACGACCUGGUUCGAAAAGAACAGCAACGUAAAAUUCUUCAGUCUCAGCUACGACGUUAGCAAAUCCCUCAAGGAAACCCUUCCGAUCCUGCAAGUGCAAACCAAGUAUGUCCUCUUUCUACCAGACAGUGUUCGCCUGAACGGGCGCUCGCUUCUAACCCGAAUGCUCCGGGAAAUAUCCAAUCCCUCUACCAACGAUCUGCUCCUUCAGCAGCAUCAGAACCUGCUCCUCCGGCAAAACAACCAAGCCAUCGAGAACAAAAUCGACCUCAAUCACAAACCGGAACGGAAGAUAAUUGCCGUCCCUUUUGCUGCGAACCAAAAGUCGUUGGCCAAUUGUUGUCACCUGCAGCUGGAUUUACCCAACUGGACCCUGGAGUACGUGACCGGCAACGAGACCGACAGCUGUGACAUGUACAAACAGAAACAUGCCAUCCUAGUCGAAACAGCACUUCUGAAGGAAAUGCCCGAUGCACUAUCGUCUCCAUUUCCAGAGCUGUUCUACAUCCAAGCCAAACUGGCCAACAUCAAGAAAGUCCUACUGAAUGCAUCGUUCCAGGACGGCAAAAAACUCUACACCUCCUACCACACCAAGACCAAGCGGCGCAAUUUGCGUAAGGACCAAUUCAAAGCGCUCUAUCGCAAGCUGCAAAUCAAAAAGGUGGUCCACAAAAACUACCUGUACGACAAGUCGAAACUUGCCAAGCGGAAACUGAUCAAGAGCUUCGAGCAUAACAAUCAGACCAUUUCGCUGCUGACGGAAAUCACCUUCUACGGGUGCGAGAAGCAAACCAAGAGCUGCAUCGGGCAGGUGUACAACUCGCAACCGUUCUACACGUACCUGGGCCGUCACACUCCGCCCUGCUGUCUCGAUAAGCUGAAGGCCAUCUUUCGGCACGUACUCGAAGAGUUUGAGAACGUCGGCAUCCGGUACUGGUUGGAUAACUAUGCCCUGAAGAAUGCCAUCGAGUUGAAAGCCCUCUCGCCGGAUGCCUACGAAAUCGACGUCAGCUUCAAUAGCGAUGAUGUCCAACGGUCCAUCGCCAUGCGGAAGGCGCAAACGAAACCGUACACGGAUGGCGACGGGUUCCACUGGUUGAAGGCCACCGACGGGCACUACUUCCGGGUCCAAUACUCGAAGGCUAAUCAAAUUGCGGUCAAUUUACUGCCGUUCGACCUCAGCGGAGAGGUGGUACGGCCGAACGGAUUCUACGGCUGGAAGGCGAAGAAGUUUUCCGUGGAAUUUUUGCACCCGAUGUCAACGGUGCUGUUUCUCGGCAAGCCUAUUAUGUGCCCGAACAAUGUGAUGGAGUAUCUGGAGACUAAGAGUAUUAAAUAAGUGGGGGGGGGGGGGAGAG